CAGUGUUUGGUUCUUGGUAGAAUUCUUCUCCUUUUCUUUCUUUGAUUCUUCUCUUUAUUACCUCCUCCUCUUUAUCUAAACCCACCCCUAAACUAUAAAACCCCACAAAGUCUUUCUCUUCCCAUUGGCUUUUUUGCUUCUUAAAAUAAGACUCAGAGCCUGGAACCCCGCAUUGCUUUUCUCAAGAAAUUUUCUGAGAAAAUCCCUUUCUUUGGAUUUUCUCGGAAAAUUUCCUCGAUGACGAGAUUCUCCAGUGCCAACCGCUUCCGCUUCCAGUUCUCCAUCUCCAAAUAUGCGUUCUGGUGGUGCCUAUUCUUCAUUGUGCUCCUGUGCUUCGUAAGCAACCACUUGCUGCUGUCCGACAACGACAGGCGUCUCCUCCGGAACAGAGGGAAGGGGUGGGAACAGCGGGUCCUGUCGUCGGCGAGCCCCCGCUCCAGUACCGGCUCCACGGUGCUCGUCACCGGCGCAGCCGGCUUCAUUGGCUCUCAUGUCUCCGCCGCCCUGAGGAACCGCGGCGACGGCGUGGUGGGACUGGACAACUUCAACAACUAUUACGAUGUAUCAUUGAAGCAUGACCGGCGAGCAAUGCUGGAGAGCUCCGGCGUGUUCAUCGUCGACGGCGAUAUCAACGACCAGGUGCUUCUCAAGAAGCUUUUCAGCAUUGUUCAAUUCACUCACGUAAUGCACCUCGCGGCUCAGGCCGGCGUGAGGUAUGCAAUGAAGAACCCAGCUUCCUAUAUCGAUAGCAACCUCUCUGGUUUUGUGAACUUGCUUGAAGUCUGCAAAGAGGCUAAACCACAGCCAGCCAUUAUCUGGGCAUCCUCUAGCUCGGUAUAUGGACUCAAUUCUAAGGUUCCCUUCUCCGAAACCGAUCGAACAGACCAGCCUGCAAGUCUCUAUGCUGCAACAAAGAAGGCUGGUGAAGAGAUUGCACAUAGCUAUAAUCACAUCUACGGUUUAUCGAUCACCGGGUUGCGGUUUUUCACAGUAUAUGGACCUUGGGGGAGGCCUGAUAUGGCCUAUUUCUUCUUCACCAAGGAUAUAUUGCAGGGAAAUUCGAUACGAAUUUUUGAGGGUGGUAAAGGAGGGGUAGUUGCAAGGGAUUUUACCUACAUUGAUGAUAUAGUAAAGGGUUGUUUGGCAGCAUUGGAUACUGCAGAGAAGAGUACUGGGAGUGGGGGAAAGAAGAUGAGGCCAGCCCAGUUAAGAGUGUAUAAUCUUGGGAACACAUCUCCAGUGGAAGUAGGGAGCCUUGUAAGCAUAUUGGAGAGGUUGUUGAAGGUGAAAGCCAGGCGAGUUGCAACGCCAAUGCCCAGGAACGGGGAUGUGAUGUAUACACAUGCGAAUAUAAGUUUGGCAGAGAAGGAGCUUGGAUACAAGCCCACUACAGAUUUGAGGAGUGGGUUGGAGAAAUUUGUCAAGUGGUACCUCACUUACUAUAAUCAAUCCACUGUAAAUUAAGCUUUUGUGGGAUUUCAUGGUAGACCCAUUAUCAAUUUUUUUUUUUUUUUUUAAGUAUUUCAUUUAGAACAUAUCCUCUAUUUCCCUCUUCUGCUUUUUUUGGUAGUCUAGACACUGUACAAACAGACAAGUUAUGAGCAAAAAUGCUUGUGACUAAGUU